GUCAUAUACCAUAGUAAGGCUGUAUUUAUUGCUCUGAAUAACCUUCAUCUCAAACGAUUGAAUGCAAGGACGAAUGAUUGUCAUACAAAACAUAGUAAGGCUGUAUUGAUUCCGCUCAAGAAUUUUCAUCUCAGCGCUAACCUACGAGUGUUAUCAAUCCCUGGAAAGGAUCGCCUUUGAGAACCGGAAGACUCUACAAUGGAUUAAGGGACACAGGAGUUUUUUUAGCUGCGACUUUCGGAGUAUCUGGUAUGGUUGGAUUUAUAUUCUUUCCUUCAAUAAUGCAGAGUCGAGGAAGAAAAUUGACUCAUAUACUUCUCAAUAGUUUUGUAAUCCUUGGAUUUCUUUUAACUUACUUAGCGAACAAUGUGACGAUGCUUUUUAUUGGAAGAAUACUUCAGGGUUUUUCUGGAACUGGUGUUACCCUUUCAAGUAUAAUAAUGGCUGAAUAUUCUCAUCCGAAACGUAGAGGGCUUUUUCUGGCAGCGAUGGGUAUGUGGAUGUGUUUCGGAUCACUUAUCUGUCAUGCUUUAUCCGCUUUUUUGAAUUGGAGGAACAUUGCUGCUAUAGCAAUGCUGCCGUUAUUUACAGCGUUGAUUCUAACAUUCAUUUGGCCGGAAAGUCCAUCGUUCUUAGCAAUGAAAAGAAAAUUUGUGGAAUGUGAUCAGUCACAUACAUGGCUAUUUGGAGAUUCAAAAGAAAGUAAAGAUAUCUUAAACGCAUUAAUUGCUGCACAGUCAGAACAAAACAGUGAUGGAAGUAAUGUUUUUUGCAAAAAUAUCAAAAACAUUGUGACUGCUUUUGGGAAAGGAUAUUUUUUGCGACCUCUUUUCGUAGUAAUUGUGUUAACAUUAGUGGUUGAUGUUUCUGGAAGAUACUUUAUUUUAGUUUAUUUGAAUCAAAUGUUUGUUGAAAUAAUUGGUGAUGCGUCAAUUGCUUUCUAUUGUUCUUUAGGUGUUGACAUCACAAUGAUGAUUUCCUUAUUGUUAUUUAUCGUAAUUAUACGUUUGUUUAACAGAAAAAGAAUUUUGUUUGUGACAGGCUUUUGCGCGACUAUUUUGUUAUACGUAAUAAGUUUAACAGCGCAUUUAAAAUUUAUGAACGGUGAAUUAGUGCAUUCAGCGUGGAUGAUGCCGAGUUUGAUAGUUUUGACUAUUUUUGUAGCUAACAGCGGCAUAGUACCACUUGCAUUUAUCAUUAUUGGUGAAAUAUUUCCAUUAGAACACAGGGGUUUAGGAGGAUCACUUGGUGGAAUGGUCUUUACAGCCUUAUACGGUAUUACCAUGAAAUGUAUCCCAGUGUUAAUAGAAACCAUAGGCACUCAAGGAGUAUUUGCUGUAUGUGGAUCUUGCAUGCUUGUAUGUUUAGUGUUAUUGAAAUUUACACUGAAUGAAACAAAAGAUAAAACUUUACAAGAAAUAGAAGAUGAGUUUAAGGGUGUUAAGAGAGCCAAAAUUAUUCUAAUGUCGGAGGAAGUCAUAACAGAUUGAAGAACCUUCAAGAUUAUUUUAGUUUUAUUUAAUUCUUCAUAAUUAUAUUUCGACCAAAUAACAUAUAUGUCUGUAAAACGUCAAUAUAUAAAACUAUAUGUAUUUAUUAAUUGUAAUCUAAAAAAUAUACUGAAUCAUUUGUUAGCUAUUGUACUGAUCAGAAUUCCGAUCUGGCAGAUCCGAUUCAAAUUUGAGUAUGACCUUAUGAAAGCUAAGAACAGCCGCGCGUGGACAUUUGUAUAACUAAGGUCUUGUAUAACAUGGCUUUACCUACAGCCGGCAUCUAUUUUCACAAAGCGGCUAUAUGUAUUUGAAAUUUCGAAUUACAGUGAUGGUGAGGAAAAUUAAUCAUGUAAUUCACUGCUAUUAUGAACACCGAUUAGGAUGCCCCUUCAAAUUUACUAUGGGAUUGAACGUCGCUCGAUAUAUCGACGCCAUAUAUAUUGGCUGUGGCAGAUAUUGAGUUUCCCAAAAUAUUUUUAUUACUAUUAUUAUUAUUAUUAUUUAUUAGAUUACUCAAAAGGAGUCUUUUCGUAUUAACAGCACAUACUAGUGUCUUGAAGUCAAAGUUGAAAUGGAACAAAUUUUUCCGGUCCCAUUUCAAAACUUUACUUAGCAUAGGCCUAAUCUCAGAAAAGUUUGUUCCGGUUCUUGACGUAAUUAUCCCGAAAAUAUUAACAUGACAGGUAUAAAAACACUUCUUUUUCGUCCUUUGCUUUUUAGAACUCUAUCAGCUUUGAAUGUUAUUUCUAUCAAGUAAUUAUUAGUUUGUAUGAUUGAUAGUUAGUUUAUUGCGAGUUUGUCAGUUAUUUCUAUCGAUUGCAUUAUUAUCGAUAAGCAGGUGGUGAAAGCUGGAAAGGUACAUUGUUAGGAGCUCUCAACCAAAAGUAAUCUACCCAAUGGAUGUUUCCCUUUAUUAUUAAUUUCAUAAAUUGCUACUAAUAUAUGUAUUUUUUAAA